AUGUGGUACGAUGAGGACGAUGAGACUGGAACCAAGUGGUUCUAUCACUCGAUGGUGACCAUGCCGAAAGAAGGAACACCUGGUCGAGUUGCUGCCACUCAUAGUACUGCUAGUGUAGCAUGUGAACAGCCGAUAACGCAGUCUUCUAAAAACGUGGCCAUUGAAACGAUAAUAUCGAUAUCGUCAAGUUGUUCAUCGACAAUUAAGCCAUCGAAUUCUGCUGCAGAUCAUGUUAGUGGUGGUAGUGUGAAUGAUGAGCAUUUAGCAAGAACACAAGAAGUGGAUGAAGCAGUUUCGAUGGGUAUGGAUGGAGAGACGAACGAGAACGAGCUGACAUUGACUGAUUUGAGCAGUUUAUUGUGGAGUGGGUUUUGGUUUUAUUAUUGCGAUUGUGCGUUCGUUUAUAUUGAGAAGUUAGUGAAUGGUGUGUGUGUGUUGCAGAGAACUGGCUGA